AUGCAUUCAGUGGAGCAUCCUCAGAGCCUCUACACACAGGCAAUGACGAUGCAGCCCCCCUCAGCCAAUCAGCCCCUCUCUCUCCCCUCACCGAGAUCCAAUGCCUCAGCCUCUCCUUCCCUGCUCGCUCCUCUCCACCCCUCCCCCAGCCUCAGCUGCUUCACAGGCGUCAUGCUUUUGGAGCUACAGCAAAGGGAAAUAACACAGGGUUUUUAUUGUCUAAACACCACCCGCCUGUCGUGGCCUCACCGUUGUCGCUAA